GUUACAAACAUCUCUUUUGCCCAAACUAUUUUUUCUCAUUCUUGAAACUGAGUCUGAAGUUAAAGGCCAAGAGAAAAUGGCCCGUUACUAUAACAGCUAUAAAAAGAAUGAUGAAGUGGAGUUUGUCCGAACUGCCUAUGGGAAGGAUAUGGUAAAAGUUCUCCGUAUUCAGCGAGAUGGAAAGUAUCACAGCAUUAAAGAGGUGGCAACUUCAGUGGAACUUACUCUGAGCUCCAAAAAAGAUUAUCUGUAUGGAGAUAAUUCAGAUAUCAUCCCUACAGACACCAUGAAGAACACAGUUUAUGCCUUGGCAAAGUUGAAAGGAGUAUGUUUUUUGUUGUUGUUUUGUUUUGUUUUUUAAACUCAGCUCUUUAUU